GCGUACGUAUGGGCGCGAGUUGGUCUUGUUUCUUAUUAUUCGGCCUCAAAAUUGCUAUUAUCGAAUACCUGCGAAUUUUUUGCUCACCCGACAAAUCAAUUCAGUAUAUAAUUGUGCAUUGAUUUAUGGGACGGUUGGACAUCGUCAUCGCCCGUCUCGCGAACAACCUUAGGAAAUACCAAAUUAGUAAGUCUGGUCCCGGACAUUGAUUGUAUCUCGUUGCGCCAAACAUCGUUCUUCGGUGAGAUAUCGCAAGGAGAAAGAAAGGAAUCAGGUGGUUACUGAAGGCACGUGACCGAAGCUCGCGGGCUGCAGCUAAGCUCAGGCCAAUUGCACAACAACCGGAAACACAAUGGUAGACUACUACAAGAUCCUCGAGGUGAACCGGAGCGCCAGCAAUCCGGAGAUCAAAAAAGCAUACAGAAAGCUGGCCCUAAAAUGGCACCCGGACAAGAACCCUGACAAUCUCGAGGAAGCAAACAAGCGUUUUAAAGAGAUCUCCGAAGCUUAUGAAGUCCUUAGUGAUGAUCGGAAACGUAGGGUGUACGAUCAGUACGGCAAGGAAGAAUUGCAAAUGCCAGGCGGCAAGAGACGCCACGAGGACGACUUUGACUUCAACAUCAACGCGACCUUCGUCUUCAGAGAUCCCGAAGAUGUGUUUAGGGAGUUCUUCCAUAAUAUACCAUUUGAAAAUCUGUUUGCUGGUUUUGGGGGAGGCCAUACACGCUGUUCCGUUAGACAAAGUCAACCAGUUAAUUCUCUGAAUAGACCAUUCUUCGGGCCAUUCGGCUUCUUUCCGACAAAUAUCGGUGACUUAUUCGAUAGCAAUAGCUCAACAACGUCCUUCAGCACACUCACCAAUUUCGGUGGGCCCAGCGGCGGUCAGACCGAGAUGAAGCGCACGAGUACGUCAACGACAAGGUUCAUCAACGGGAAAAAAUUAACCACUAAAAAAGUCUCCGAGAAUGGAAAGGAAACGAUCAUGUCCUACGAAAACGAUGUCCUUAAGUCAAAGACAGUAAACGGAGUGCCUCAAUCAAUAACGUUGGACGAAGCAUCCACAAGUCGGCACGUGACAGACAAAGCCACCGAUAUUCUCGCAACUGGUAACCAGAGUUGGAAAUCGGUGCAUAACGAUUAUCCGAAAGGUAGCAGAUUAAAGACCCAUCAUCUUCAUCAUCAUCCGCAUUCAAGUCUCAAGCACGAUAAAAAUAAGAGGAAGUAAGCCCUGUGGCACUUCGUGAUUUUGUCUUCACACACAAUCACGAACGAACGCAUGCGCUUACGUACCUCUUAACUGCUGUCGAUAAAGGCGAAAGAAAGAAAUAAUUUUUUGCUCUUUGUAAGACAAUGGACUAAGAUACUUUUGUGAAUUUCUGUAGCAACUCGUGAGAUCCUUUUUAACCGUUUGGCUUUCGGAGUGGAGCAGAUGUUAAUAACGUUGAUCGAUUUUAAUGAACAGUUCUGCUCGGUUAAAAGUUAGCCGGUACUAUGAAAUUUCUAAUAACUAUUAGCAAAUUUAACGCGUUAAAUGUAAAGAUAAGAAGCUUAAAGAAACGAAAAAAAUUAUAUACAGAAAGAAGAAAUUUCACGGCGAGGACGAAAAUUUCGGCAACAUAAUAAUGUAUUUAAUAAUAGUAACUGGAAUAUUAGCGCUAAUUUAUUUAAAUUGCAAUGACU